UCAUGAAGUUGUUCUUCUUCUCUGACAGCUGCAGUCAAUCUGUGACGUGGAUUUUCAUUCAAGGAUUCCUCAGUCCCUGUAUUGUACCAACUAAAUAAAUUAGCACUAAGCUUUAUUUCACAUUCUCCGAUUUAUUUUGACGUUCUGUCCUUUAUUUGGUCUUCAUAGUACAUCAUUAUACCACAGAAGAUUUAACAGCCACAGGUACCACGAUGAGUAAAGGCAAAGUGCUGAACCUAAAGGAUAAGAUCAAUGGAAACGAAAUGGACCUCAGUCUCUGUAACCUGUCCGAAGUUCCAGUCAAAGAACUCGCUGCUUUGCGAAAAGCGACGGUUUUGGACUUGUCUUGCAAUAACAUCACAUCACUUCCUCCAGACUUCUGUAAACUGACUCACCUGAUCAGGGUAGACCUGAGUAAGAACCAGCUGGCCUCACUGCCCGAUGACCUGGGUAACCUCUGCAACCUCCAGCACCUGGACCUGUACAACAACAAGCUAACAGGCCUCCCUGUCAGCUUCUCUCAGCUACGGAACCUCAAGUGGCUGGACCUGAAAGACAACCCCCUGGAGACGGAGCUGGCCAAGGCGGCCGGGGACUGUCUGGACGAGAAGCAGUGCAAACAGUGUGCCUCCAAGGUUCUGCUGCACAUGAAAGAAGUCCAGGAAGAGGUGGACAAAGCCAGAGAGAAACGCUUCCUGAAAGAGCGAGAACAAGAGAAGAAGAAGGAGGCCAAGAAGAGGGAGCGCGAGGCCAAGGAGCGCGAGGUCCGGAAGCAGGAGAAGGCGGAGGAGAAGGAGAGGAGGAGGAAGGAGUACCAGGCCCAGCUGGACGCCACAGCCGCCCAGGAGCACCAGAGGAAGAAGAAGGAGGAGAAGAAGAAGAGGAACGGGCUGGCGGCAGAUAAAAAAGCUGCAGAGGAGUCCGCCCCGAAACCACGGCGCUCUCUGAUUGGCCUGCUGUUCAAGCUCCUCCUCCUGCUGCUGCUGGGACUGGCCGGCGCGGCGGCGGCCUGUCAGCUGACGGAGCUGGGCAGGGAGGCGGCGUGCGUGCCGGUCAACGCGGCCCUGGAGACGGGGCUGACCUGGGCCCGGCGGCAGGACGUGCUGCUCAGACAGCUGCUGAAGGACUGGUCCACGAUGGCCAAGGAGCUGCUGGAGUCCAGCCAGACGGCCAAGAACUGAACCCAGGUCCGGUUCAGUCGCUCGUCACCGUGGGUUCCCGCUGUUAUGUAUGUGUGUGUGUGUGUGUGUGUGUGGAAAUGUGGGAUAGUUGACUUUUUUUCUUGCUUUGUUGACUAAACUUAACUGCGGAAAUUGUGAAUCUCUGUAAGAUGGGAACCCACGUCCCGCACCCGCGCCCCAUCCAUCCUGCAUGAGGGUGUGAAACUUAAUCUGGAUCGGUAGAAAGCAGGGAAAAGGACAAAUGUAAAAAACAAAACUAAGGCCCUCUAAAAUUCCUAUGGAAUUGUUGUUGCUCUUGGCUCCCGUUUGUACUGCCUCUUUAUUUUUUAUUUUUAACAUUGUCUUAAACAUUUCUCUAGUCCAUGCCUUAUGCUUAAAGAAUGCAAGCUAACACUCAGACACAAUGCACACUCAAUGGGUUGAUUUGAGGGAUUCCAGGUAUUAAUUUAUGUUAGGUUGCUCUGUGCUGUUUAGACUCUUAAAUCUACAGCCAGUCAUGACUCUCCUUUAGGUUACUAUCUGAUGCGGAAUAUAAAGAACAUGCUGAAAAUACGCAACCUCGUUUUUAUUCUAAACAAUUAUCUAAGGUAUCACAGUGUAUGUAAUUUUGAUGGAAUAUCUGGGCAUUAAUUUAAAGACGACGAGAGAUGGUUUGAAUUUAAAAUUGAAAUUUUCCUUUUGGUCAUUUUGAUCGGUCAUGAUUUGUUAGAACAAAAGUUGCCCAUGCUAUCGUUGAUCACAUCGUCCAUCUGUGGAGAUGGGAGAUCUGAGGUCACUACUGAUCAAUGAAAUGCAAAUUGUACCGCUUCACCUGAAAUGUGUUCUGGAGUUAUUUCGUUUGACCAAAUAUUUCAUCAGUAUUAUUAAAGGGUUCUACGCUGCAGAAAA